CUUGUAGUAACUUUGAUAAAUAACAGUGUGCCUGAAAGAAAAUCAUCGGAUUCGAAUCGUCAUUAAUGGAAACUCAGAUCUUCUCUUAAAAAGACCCCCCCAAUUAGAUCGUAGCAAAACAGAGAGAAUCUAUACGAAGAAGAUGAUCGAGAGGUGUUUAGGAGCUUACCGGUGCCGGAAAAUCCAAAGAGCAUUACGCCACUUAAAGGUAACAGUUCUCUGUCUCGUUCUUACCGUAGUCGUCCUACGUGGCACAAUCGGCGCCGGUAAAUUCGGAACUCCGGAGCAAGAUCUCGACGAGAUCCGUCAGCAUUUCCACACAUCGCGUAAACGAGCCGAGCCUCACCGUGUGCUCGAAGAAAUACAGACCGGAGGAGAUUCUUCUUCUACCGGAGACACCGGCGGCGCAAAUUCCGGCGGGAGCAAUAACUACGAGACGUUUGACAUCAACAAGAUAUUCGUCGACGAAGGAGAAGAGGAGAAACCCGACCCGAAUAAACCUUACACUCUUGGACCCAAGAUAUCCGAUUGGGAUGAACAGAGAUCCGAUUGGUUAGCUAAGAACCCUAGUUUCCCCAAUUUCAUCGGACCAAACAAGCCACGUGUCCUCUUGGUGACCGGUUCGGCUCCAAAACCGUGUGAGAACCCUGUCGGAGACCACUACCUCUUGAAAUCGAUCAAGAACAAGAUCGAUUACUGUAGGUUACACGGGAUCGAGAUCUUCUACAACAUGGCUCUCCUUGAUGCUGAAAUGGCUGGUUUUUGGGCAAAGCUUCCGUUGAUAAGGAAGCUCUUGCUUUCUCAUCCUGAGAUUGAGUUUCUAUGGUGGAUGGAUAGUGAUGCUAUGUUUACGGAUAUGGCGUUUGAGCUUCCAUGGGAGAGGUAUAAAGAUUACAACUUGGUGAUGCACGGAUGGAAUGAGAUGGUUUAUGAUCAGAAGAAUUGGAUUGGGUUGAACACUGGGAGUUUCUUGCUUAGGAACAAUCAAUGGGCGCUUGAUUUGCUUGACACUUGGGCUCCUAUGGGUCCUAAAGGAAAGAUCCGUGAGGAAGCGGGUAAGGUUUUGACCCGUGAGCUCAAGGAUAGACCCGUGUUCGAAGCUGAUGAUCAGUCUGCAAUGGUUUAUCUCUUGGCUACUCAGCGAGACACUUGGGGAAAUAAGGUAUACUUAGAAAGUGGAUACUAUCUUCACGGUUACUGGGGGAUUCUCGUGGACCGAUAUGAAGAAAUGAUUGAAAACUACCAUCCGGGUCUAGGCGAUCACAGGUGGCCAUUGGUGACUCACUUUGUCGGUUGCAAACCGUGUGGGAAGUUUGGUGAUUACCCAGUGGAACGGUGUCUAAAGCAAAUGGACAGAGCCUUUAACUUUGGUGAUAACCAGAUUCUGCAAAUCUAUGGUUUCACUCACAAAUCUUUGGCUAGCCGCAAAGUGAAGAGAGUGAGGAACGAGACUAGCAAUCCGCUGGAGAUGAAAGACGAGCUUGGGUUGCUUCACCCGGCGUUUAAGGCUGUUAAGGUACCAACCAAUCAAGUUUGAAUCGGAUUUUGCGUUUUUUUGUUUCUUGCUAUAUUUAUGGUCAUGUGUCUUUGCUUUGUUGUUGUACUAAGAUGGGUGGUAAAAGCUAUUGUGCAGAGACAAUCACUUUAUUCUUUGUUUUUACUUCGUCUCUACGUCUAGAGUUCUUCUGCUACGAAAUCAAAUGUUGUCUUUUUUUUUUUUUGGGGAGAAAUCCAUUAGAACGUGAGAUUUUGUAGCUUCAUGGAUCAAUAAUCAAUGUUAAUUCAA